CAAAUUAUCGUAUACAUGUCGAAAUUGACCGACAAAGUGCCUUCCAGUGUGAUCCAGGGACACUCAAUGACAGUGUUCCCCGCUGGCUGCUUGUGUCCAUCCAUCCAUCCAUCCGUCUAUAGUAAUACCGUGUCUUCUUCCCAGAUCUAAGAGGCCAUCAAUAAAAAGGCUUUAUUAAAGUAAGACAUCAUAGCCACAGGUCUCAUCAGGGUCGUUUGGAUGAUUUUACUGUUUGUGACACUAGCUGUGAAACAGAAGGAGUUCACCAAUCUGAAACAUACAUCUCCAAUGCUGGAGCAACUUUGGCUAGAGAUGUUGUUUUCAAAAUAUGUUUCAUAAACAUAUUAUUAAAUACGGUAUAAUAGGUUAAACUACAACUGAAUGAUAAAAAAUAUUCAAAUGUUCGAAAAAAGUUAGUAGAUAUAUUUAAAAAAAAAACCUUAGUAGUAGGUCGGAUUAUUUUUUUUGCGUGGGUACUGAGUAGCUAUCAAUCAUUGGACUCUACAAUAAUUAUUUAAAAUAAUAAACCUUCAACACGUUUCUAAUUUAAAGUUGGCGUGAUAUUUACACGAUAUAAGGUUCGAUAAUUGUAAGUUAAGGAACAUCUUUUUAUGUUAGUUUACCGUGCGAUACUUGGUUUAGGUAAUGUGAAAGAAAUGUUUUUAGUACAAUGUCUAAGAUAAAGAAAGUCGUUAUAAAAGAAAAGACAAGGAUUGAUAUGUUAUUACCUCAUCAACCACAUCAUGAUGAUUUUAUUCAUACAUUGACAAACGUAUUAAGUUGGUCUCGCUGGGUUGGAAUUGUUGGUUUAAAAAGACAUAUUUGGAAACUCUAUGGAGCUUGCAUGAUGUGUCUUUUGUUGGCAAUAGAAUUUCGAGCAAUUUAUAAGGUCUUUAAAGCAUUAGCUGGAUGGGCUGUAGACACAGUGGGACAUAGAAGCGUCACUGCAAGACUUGCGGGAACAAUGUUUUACUCUGCUGCUAUCUUCGCCUUGAUUCAGUGCAAUUAUCUAUCUCACUCUUGGAAGGAGACGUCCAAAUAUUGGUCGUCAUUAGAAUGGGAACUUAGUAAUAAACACGUUCCCAUAGACAAAACGCUAAGGAGAAGAAUGUAUAGAUCAGCUCUUAUUCUUAUUUUUUGUACUGCAGCUAUCUACCUUAUGAAUUAUUUAGUUGUGAUAGAUUUUAAGUGUAAAAUAUCAUAUUGCUUAAAGACAUUUGUAUUAAAAACUCACGGAUUUAUGUUGCUUGAAAGAGAGUAUUCUGAUUGGAUUGGUGUCUUUAUUUUAUUCGUGCACGUCAUAUCGAAUAUCAUUUGGACUUUACAAAAUUUGUUCAUAAUUUUGAUGGGAAUGGGUCUAACAUCGAGAUACAAAAGACUAAACUCUUAUGUCGCGACUGUUGUACGAGGAAAUGAUAGAAAAGAAAAAAUGUCUGAGAAAUUAAGAAAUCAAGAAGUUCUACUUGUGUAUACAUGGAAAAAGAUAAGGGAGGCAUACACAAAGCAGGCGAUAUUGGUGCAUCGCGUCAACAAGUCUUUGGGAGGCCUUAUUUUGGUGUCUAGCUUUUUUGACUUCUACUUCAUUUGCUUGCAGUUAUUUUACGGAAUCGUUCAAGGAAUUUCAAGCGAUGGAAUAAAACAUUUAUACUUCUUGAUCCAUUUUUCCUGGGUUUGUGGUCGGACUGUUUACACAAUUUUAUCAGCUGCAUAUGUAAAUGAAUAUUCUAAGCUGGCAUUGCCUCAUUUAUAUAAAUGUGACUCACAGUUUUAUAAUACGGAGAUGAAAAGACUUCAAAGACAAAUUAGUAGAGAAAAUAUAGCAUUGAGUGGAAUGGGUUUUUUCAAUCUCAGAAGAAGUAUUAUUUUACAGAUGGCCGGCAUUGCAGUAACAUAUGUGUUGGUACUGGUCCAAUAUGAUGGGUCCGACGAUCAAAUUCUGACAAAUUCUACGGACGCGUCAUUUAAAUAAGCAUAAUUUCAGUACGUUCUAAUGAGUUCAACCGCAUGGCCAGGAUGAUGAUCAUUUGAUGUUGGCUUGCUACGGGCGUUAUGUGUUGGUGACGAUUUCCAAAAUGAAUUUCUUUGAGUUAUAAACAAAAACAAAGAAAUUACAAACGAGCUCUAUUAACGACAACUGCAUUGGAAUGUAAAGACUGGAUGCUCUAAAGGUUAUAAAGAUAUAGAUUGGGUAACAAAUAGUCAAAUAUAAUACUAGAGCGAGCAAAGUCGUGAAAAAUUAUUACUAUAAAUUAGAAAUGGCAUAAUACUCUAAACUAAACUAAAUCAAACAAAAAUAUGACAUCAAAAGUAAUAGCUACAAAAUAAUAUACUAACCACAAAGUUAUAUCUAAUUGAAAAUUUUCAAUGGUUAGUAUGAAUAUUACAAUAACCGAAUUUUUAAGCGCUAAUUUAGUAACACUUAUUUAAAUUUUAGUCUCAAAUAGUUGGUCAAAAUUAGAUUAUUUCGUUUUCAUAUCUCAUUGUUACUUUUGUUGUAAGAGAAGAUAUUGUAAUAUCUUUUAAUGAUAUACAUUAUUUCUAUAAUAAUCUAAAGCAGAUACAGAUAGAAGAUGAAAAACCUACAACCGUAAUAGUAUACUAACCGAUUAUUACCAUUGCGCAAUUCUAGCCUCAUACAUAUAUGUAUGUAUCUACAUGCGUACAAACAAACAUACCUAUAUAUAUAGUAAUUGAAUAUUAAAUGAAAUUAACCUUUUAAUAUUGCAAGUUAAAAGAAAAUCCUUAUUUGUAUUAUAUUUUAUAGUUUGUUUCCUAUUCCAAGUCUAUUUUUGUUGAAAUCUAUUUCACGAUUUCAAUUGAUGAGCAGACUUACAAGAAGAUUUUUUGAAGUAGGCGACAAUGACUAUUUGAUACGGAAUUAACUCAAAAACUACUGGAUCAAUUUGGAUAGAGUUUGGUUAUUCUUGUAGAGGUAGUAUAGUUUGGAUUCUAGAGAAGGGAAAUUAAGCGUGUAAAACAGCCUUAAUACCAAAUCCGAGAGCACAUAAAAGUUAUAUUUGAAAUCAGUUCAAUGUACCUCUCCUGGAUCCGUUAUAUCAAAAAUAAAUGAAGUUAAAUCUGGGAAAUGAAGAAUAAAUUCCAUUUACUCGUAUUAUCCAGCGGAAGAUAAUAUGUAAACAGAUUCGAGUCUACGUCUGCACGCCAACCCUCCAUCUAAAAUUGUUCUAUUAAAAAAGGUUAAACAAUUAAAAGUAGAGCUUCAAUUUAAGUGUAAAUGCAAGUAACUUAUUACUAUCUGUAUCAAA